ACACCUCGUCGCGAGCUCGCCAUUGCCACUGCCCAUUGCUCUGCUCGCUGCUCCAUCGCCGGCGCCAUGUCGAUCCGCAAGGCGCUGGGCGCCGUCAAGGACCAGACCUCCAUCGGCAUCGCCAAGGUCUCCGCCGCCAUCGCGCCGGAGCUUGACGUCGCCAUCGUCCGCGCGACGUCGCACGAGGACGCCCCCGCGGAGGACCGCCAUGUCCGCGAGGUGGUCACCCUCACCGCGCACUCCCGCCCCUACACCGCCGCCUGCGCCGCCUCCCUCUCGCGCCGCCUCUCCAGGACGCGCGACUACGUCGUCGCCGCCAAGUGCCUCGCGCUCGCCCACCGCCUCGUCGCCGACGGCGACCCGCACUUCCGCCACGAGCUCGUCCGCCCCGCGGGCCGCCGCGGCGAGCCGAUGCUCGCGCUCCUCGCCGAGUUCCGCGACGAAGCGCACUCCGCGUCGUGGGACCACUCCGCCUUCGUCCGCGCCUACGCGCUCUACCUCGACCACCGCGCCCGCUUCCUCAUAUCCCUCCUCCCCGCGCCGCGCACCGUGCGCUUCGCCGACGAGACGGGAUCGCCGCCGCGGGGGUCGACGGCGGCGACGGUGCAAGAGAUGGACACCGAGGCGCUCCUGGGCCGGGCGCUGCAGCUCCGCCAGCUGCUCGACCGCGUCCUCGCGUGCCGCCCAUCCGGCGGCGCGAGGCAAAGCCGCGUCGUGCUCGCCACGCUCUACCCGGUGGUCAAGGAGAGCACGCAGCUCUGCUCCGACGUCGCCGUCGUGCUCGCCGUCCUCCUUGACCGCUUCUUCGACAUGGACUACCCCGACUGCGUCAAGGUCUUCGAGGCACACGUCAGCACCGCCAAGCAAACCGACGACCUCCUCGCCUUCUACGGCUGGUGCGACGACGUCCGCCUCGCCCGCCCGGCCGACUUCGCCGACGUCAAGCGCAUCGACGACAAGCUCCUCGAGACGCUCGAGCAGUUCGUGCGAGAGCGCGGCAGGGCGGGUCACAGCUCGCCGCCUCCAUGGCAGCAGCAGCAGCAGCAAACUGCCCAGAGCGACGAGCUCGACAUGAACGGCAUCAAGGCGCUCCCGGCGCCGGAGCAUCACGCCGCUGAGCCAUCGCGAUCGGCGCCGGAGAAAGUUGCACCAGAACAAAUGGCGCCGCCGCCGCCGCCGCCGCAGACUGGCGACCUCGUCGACCUCAGGGAACCCGUGGUGGAAGACGAGCAGGAGAACAAGCUCGCGCUGGCGCUCUUCUCCGGCACGGAGAACGGCGGGUGGGUGGCCUUCCCGUCGGACGACGCGGCCGAGGUGACGUCGGCGUGGCAGACGCCGGCGGCGGAGGCCGGCAAGGCGGAGUGGGAGCUCGCCCUGGUGGAGACGGCGAGCAAGCUGUCGCGGCAGAAGGCGUCCAUGGGCGGCGGGCUGGACCCGCUGCUGCUGCACGGGAUGUACGACCAGGGCGCCGUCCGGCAGCAGGUGGGCGCGCACGAGGCGGCGACGGGGAGCGCGAGCAGCGUGGCGGCGCCGCGCCGCGCGCCCGUGCUGGCGCUGCCGGCGCCCGACGGCACGGCGCGAACCACCGGCGGCGACCCGUUCGCAGCGUCGAUGGGCGUGCCGCCGCCGGCGUACGUGCAGAUGGCGGAGAUGGAGAGGAAGCAGCAGCUGCUGGUGCAGGAGCAGCAGAUGUGGGCGCAGUACAGGCAGGGCGGCAUGCAGGGUCAGGUCGCCAUGGACAGGCUCGCCGCCGGCGCCAUGCCGGUGCAGUACGGGAUGCCCAUGGCGUCGGCGUACGGUGGCUACUACUGAGCAAGAUGGCAUGAUCCGCGCGCCAUUGAUGAGAGUUCAAGUUCGAUCAAGUUGUGAAUAAGAAGUAGUAAUCCGCUCUUGCGAGAUUGAUUGGGUUUGAUUGAUUCGUAAAGAGAAGCGAUGAGCGCUUGUAUACGUAUACUACGUUUGCGAUCGAUUAUACAGUGUACAUGAAAACAUUACUGAUAAAAGAUUCAGUUUUGAUUAUCGAGUUCGAUCGCGUUCGCGAUUUGCAUUCUCUAA